AGCCCAAUGUCCACGAUGCUAGAACUUGGUCCAAGUCCUUGGUUCGAGAAACGUAUAGCCAAUAAAAUUGCCGCUUUUCCGUAAAACCGACAAAUUGAUUGGUUAAAAAUUUCUCAAUCCAAGAACUUGGUCCAAGUUCUAGCAUCGUGGACACAGGCCUUUAUGUCGUCGCGCACGCGCGUGAAAAACCUAGGAACACUGACUCUGGGUUCUCUUGGCUCUUGGCUGCACUGCGACGCAUCCGUUGUUCGAAAAAUCAAACGAACUCUAUAGAUUAUUUGCGACUGUACAGUAACGGAGGUCGCGUACUUUGAUGAGCCUGCUUCUGUCAUUUCGUUGGUUUUCAACACGGUGAUGCCCGACAAUCAUGGAGCUGUGGGAGAAAGUUAUCUUAGAAUGGAUUAACUGCUUGGAAGUGCAGGAAAAACCGGUGCGACAUAUAACGGAAUUGCAAGAUGGAGCAUUUUAUAUCAAUUAUCUUACAUUAAUAAAGUGGAAGAAGCGUGAGAGCUUUGACCAAGAGGACAUUGUGAAAUUUAUAAAAGAGGAAUAUCCUUCUUUUAAAGUCAAUGUAGAUGAUGUCACGGAACAUGUAUACAUCACAUCUUUGUUACUGUUGCAUUUGUGCCGUACACUCUUUGCGAUACAUCAUUCUCUGCAAUAUAAUAUGUGCGACAACUUGAGAAACGAAACGCAAGUUAGAGUUAAAGCGUUCCUCGAGAGUGUCCUGCCUAUUGGCAAGGAUAUUAUCAAGGAAACUAUGAAAGAAGUUAUCAUGGAGGUAGAGGAUAUGUCAUUAGCCGUAGAUAGUCGCCAAACACCGCCCCGCGAGGACUUUUCCAAUUCCCCCUUGACGCGUUCCGGACGUAGCAAAAAGAUGUUGACGGAACGCGCUCGAGAGCUGAGAGAGUUGAGGUGCAACUUGUCAAUAGAACGUUUUACUAACGCGGAUUUACGAGAUGAUAUACUGAGGCAGAACAAUAAAAUAAGGAAAUUGCAGAAGAAGCUUGAAGAAAAAUCGGCGAAAAUAAAGGAAUUGCAAGAAGAACGGUUCAAACCAAGGACCCCUCAGCCAUCUCACACAACAGAAAAUAACUUGAAGGAGGAUUACUACAAGAGGUAUAUCAAUGAUCUAGAAAGUCAAUUAAGCAAACAGCAAGAUGAAAUUAAUAAACUGGAGAUAGAAAAAGAUAAUCUAUCGAAGGAACUGUGUUGUACGCGCCGAACUUCUAAGCAUUACAAAGAAAAUUUUGUAAACUGCGAACGGUCCUUGGAAUCUUUAACGAAUAAAACCGAAUUAAAAGACCGAGAAUUAAUAGAACUUAGAAUGCAGAAUGAAGAAUUCCGUAUGCAUAUCAAAGAAUUUAAUAAAAAUGUUAACCCAGAACGAAGCUUCGAGGUUGAUGAUACAUCAUUUUCCGUCGCCAAGUCCUUGAACGCUAGCGAAGUUUUAACUAGUGAAGCUUUGAGUACUGUGAUCGACAUUCAACUUCAAGAAGCCAAAGAAGAAUCUGCUAUAUUGCAUGCUCAAGUUGAUUCUUUAAAAGGAAGAUUGAACGUUCUCACAAAGGAUUACAGAAAGGUGAUGGACUCCAAUAGAGAUUUGCAGGAAAAAUUAAAGGCGCUGGAUCAGGUACAGACAGAAUUACAUCAUGUGCAGAAGGAAUUGGAUACAUCAAAGACGACUGUUGCAAAUUUGCUGGUGGAGAAAGCCACUCUCGUUGUUCAAACUGAAGAUUUGAAUAAUUUGCUUUCCUCUAAGGAGAAAAUAUUAUCCGAGAUGGAACAAUCAAAUAUAGCACUGAAUACAGAAUUGGACAACUUAAAACUAGACAUGAAAAACUUAAAUGAAUUGCUUGAAAAUGAAAAGAUUAUUUCUUCAAAUUUAGGCGCUACUCUAGCGGAAACCAAAUCGCAGAUAACAGAACAUUUUGCAUGCAUUCAUAAGCUUACUGAUGAAAGAGAUUCGUACAAAGCUUCCAUCGAAAACUGUAGUGAAAGUUUAAAAGAUAUUUUACAUUGUGAUAAUCAGUUUAUACAAGUUGAAACUGAUGAUUUAAAUAACUCGACACUUGGUGAUCUUACAAAAUAUAUUAAAACGAUGUUACACAAUUGCAAUGUGAUGCGUAUUUCAUAUGAAAGUAAUAUCGAGAAAUUAAAUACAACGAUAGGUGAGGCAAAUACAAACUUACUUAAGCAGCAAUUAAUCGUUAUAACUUUAGAAGAACAACAUAAGCAGAUUGUCUUGGAAUUAGAUAUUAUCAAUGAAGAGAAGAAGCAAAAGGAUUUGCUAUUGAAUGAACAAAAAGAAAUUGUGCAUGCAUAUUCGCAGGAAAUUGAAUUUCUAAAAGAGAUUAGAGAUGAGAAGCUCGUUUUGGAACAAAAUGUACUUGAAUUAACAAAUAAUUUAAAGAAUCGAGAAUUACUACUGAAGCAUGCUAUGACACAAUUAGAAGAGCUACAGAGCAUAAAUAAAGAUUUCAAAUUACUAAAAGAAAGAAUUCAACAAAACUUUGGUAAAUAUAAAAAAAAUGUUGAACAAACGUUUGAAAAGUGGCAACAUGAAUAUCACACGUUGUAUCAAAAUUAUAACAAGUUACAAGAAGAAAAAGAGAAGUUGGAGUAUAAUUUCAAUUGUAAUGAGGAAGAAUUAUCAAAACUUCAGACGAAAAAUACAACAUUACAACAAAACUUAAUAGAAAAGAAAGAGAAGAUGGACGCUUUGGAAGAGACGAAAAGAAUUCUCUUUGACGAACUAAAUGAAUCCAGACGUAAUAUACAAAAAUUAAAUGAUAUAAAUCGAACGCUGGAAGAACAAUAUUUAGUAAUGAAAACUGAAAGAAAUGAUGAGCUGGAAAGUCUUAAAUCAGAUAAUGCAAGAAUAUUACUCGAGUUAAAAGACACCACUGAUAAGCUCAGUUUAUCACAUCAGGAAAUGAGCGAUACAAUGACGCAGGUAAAAUUAAAAGAAGUACAAAUUAAUGAGUUACGUUCAGACGUUUCAGCUUUAAAAACAGAGAAGGACAAUUUUAUGUGUUCUCAUAAAGAAACACUUGAAGCUAAAGAUAAAGAAAUAGAAAUAAAAGAAGAGGCAUUAUUGACAUUACAGGCUAAAAUGGACAAGCUGACGAACGAAGCAAACACUACGGAGAAGAAGAUGAAGGAGAUAAUUAUUAAUCUCCAAGAAAUACGGUCCAGCCAAGAUGCUGUCUUGACAACUCAAGAAGCGGCUUUGAAGGAAAAGUGUUUGUACAUAAAAGAGCUUCAAGAACAUUUUGAUAACUCUAAGGAGAUCCUGAAUAAAGAACUUGAAGAUGUAAAAUUGUCAUUGCUCGAGUACCAAGAGAAAUUCUUCGACCUAGAGAAUCAACUUGAUAACCAAAAUAAGACUAUGGUGAAAUUGCAGGACGCACUCGAAACAAUGAGCACAGAGCUUAAAACUAGUAAGGAAUACUGCAAGCACAUGGAUGCGAGUCAAGCGGAAAUUGUAAAAUUGUGCCAAGAGUUGGAAUAUCCAACGAAAUGUUUGAAUUCUACGAUUACGGAAACGUGCUCAGAUUUUGAGUUACCUGAUUUACCACAGUGCAUUAAUAUAGAGAAUAAGUACAAGUGCAUUAAUCUAGAUAAUAACACUAAUAUUUUAAAUAUUAUUAUGAUGACUCUUGAUGAGUUACACAAAUCUCAGAAAAUUAUCUCGCAUUUAUCUUGUGCAAAUGUUGAAUUGAAUGAAACUUUGGCAAGACAAAAAGUACUUACAGAGAACAGUGUGAAAGACAAAGAAGAAAUCUCCGGUCUAAAGAAUAAAAUACGAGAAUUGGAAAUAAUAGCGCAGAAACGGAAUAACUAUCUUAAGAGCCUAAUAAAAAGUAAGGAAUCUUUAAAGGAUUCCCUGCAGAAAGUUUUCGCUACGCGGAAAGAUUUAGAUAAAAUUUUAACAUUGUCCAAGCAAAAGUGGAAUGAAAUAAUGAUAAACUUUCGGGAUAUGUUUUGUACUAAGGGUUCCGUUUGCGACGAGUUUAAACAGCUGCAAAUUAAGAAAGCAAAUCUCGAAAAUACAUUGUUGAAGUGUCAAGUUGAUUAUUCCGAGAACAUCAAAUCUAUAUGUGAUAUUUUAUGGGAGAAGUUUUUGUGGACGGAACAAAAAUUACACGAUACCUAUCUAUGCUCAAUACACGAGAAAGAGUGUUUGGACCUACUAACGAAUGUGGAAGAAGAUCAAUUUUCUGACGAGAAAAUGAUAAUUGAUGUAGAGUUUGAGAAAUACAAAACACUGCAAAUUGACGUGAUAAAAUCUGAAGAAGAGAUAGAAUCUUUUGCUACUUUAGCGACCUUAUACGACAAUAACUUAAAAUCUGGCGAAAUCAAGAAUCAAGCAGAGGUAGAGAAGAAAUUACAAACUCAAAUUAAUCAGCUGACGAAGGAAAAGAAAGAUUUAAAAACUAAAAUGGACACGAUGCGUUUGAGGAAUGUAAAAUUAGAGAAAAAUAUCGAUGAUCUCAGAACGGAGAUAAAGGAAUUAAAGUCGUCGGAGACAGUGUCAAUGGCUAAUUUGACAGUCCCCGAAGGGGCUGAGGUGCAAUCCCUCAAAGAAGAGUUGGAACAUUUAAAAGAACAGAACAAAGAGUUGGAACAUUUGAGAGAACAGAACCAAGAGUUGGAACAUUUAAAAGAACAGAACCAAGAGUUGACACAUUUGAAAGAACAGAAUCAACAGCUACGUGAAGAAAAGGAUGAGUUAGACAGGAUGGCAAAGCAAAAACUUGAAAAUCAAUUAAAAGAAAUUCAUGCUACAUAUGAACAAAAACUGGAAGACAUGAAAGAAAAAGUGAAAGCAGUUUAUAAUGAGCAAAUAACGAGGUUAAAUAAGGAUCAAGAAAAGAUUAUACAAGAAAGGUUGCAGGAUCAAAUGGAAGUAAUGUGCCAGAAGAAGAGAGAAGAACUUGAUAAGUACAAAGUACACGUUAGCCAAUUAACUACGCAACUGUGGAACGUGGGGGAAAAACUCUUAAUCGAACAACAACAGAAACAAAAUGUCUCCCAGCGUUUAAAAGAACUAGAAACAAGAAUCAAAGAAUACCAAGCGGACCAACCACUAGCCGCCACUAUUUCGCGUAAGACUUGCACAAUGGAAACUCAAGAAAUCUUACCUGAAAACGCACAGCAAGCACAUACGAUAACAAAGCUUAUAACUGAAGAAACACUUGAAAGGAGACACAGUAUUAGAAGCAUACAAGCAAUGGGCAAUGUAUUCAGAACGGAGGACGAAGAAGAAAUCUUUGAUAAUGUUUAUUUAGCUGAUAUGAAAAGAGGCAGUGUGCCUAUCACGGAUACUACCCGCUUGUCAGUUUUACAAAUGAGAAAUUCUCUUUGCAAGCCUCAUCUAAAAUCAUCUUAUCCAGCGGAAAUGCAAUUUCUUCCUCCAACUUUGACCGAAGAAGAAAUUAAAACAGGAUCCUCAACAGAGGAAAACUUUAACGAUAGUCUUAGCCAAAGUCUUCUCCCAGAACAGAAAACCAGGAAAAAAGAUAAAUCUCAGAUAUCAUAUAAAAAGCCUGGUCCUCCAACACCAAGCAAAAAUGGAGGAAGAUUAUCAUUGCAGGGUAAUGAAUUAAAAAGCCCAAAUGCACGAGUUUUGAGGGAGCGAAAUGUGGACAGAAGGACAACGACCACUCCGCACUCGCUAAGGAACAUAUUUUCGUUAAAACGGCAAGACGAAAACGCAACUAGCACACCAAAAAGUCGUCGACUCAGUAAUCUUUUUCGCAAAUCCCGUUUACAAUCGGAUCGAUGAAUAAAUACUACGGCCACAACUAUAUAUAAAAAAGUAACAAUAUAUUGAACGUAACAAUGAACUAAGAAUUCGACAACUAAACCACGGAUAUACUAUAUAAACAUUGCAUAUCAGUUAUAGAUUACAUGAAAUAAGAAUUUAUAAUAAUUUUACUCUACGACUAUCUCUAUUUUUUUUUAUCAUGUUAG